CACACUUGUCAAGUCUUUCUUGUUGCCUACGGUUGUCAUCGUGUUUAACACUCCACGCGCAGGGCGUGUCGAUACACUCUCGGGAGAGAGAACCAGAGGGCAGAGAGGAAACCGAAAUAACAGAGAUCUCUCACAUUUUCGCUCUCAGAAACCCUACAGAGAUUACACUGAUUACGGUAAACCUAGAUUUAUUGCGGAUUUGGAAAGAUCCAACUCUGCUAUUCUAUGGCGCAUCGAAGAGCGAAGCUUUGUUUCUUCUUAUGCGCUCUAUUAUACGCUCUUACCGUCUCGGCAGGAAAGAGCUAUUACGAUAUAUUGCAAGUGCGAAAGGGCUCCUCGGAAGAGCAGAUCAAGAGAGCUUAUAGAAAGCUGGCAUUGAAGUAUCAUCCUGACAAGAACCCCGGCAAUGAAGAGGCUAACAGGAAAUUCGCCGAGAUUAGCAAUGCAUAUGAGGUGUUAUCGGAUGGCGAGAAAAGAAAUAUAUACGACAAUUAUGGGGAAGAGGGGCUGAAGCAGCAUGCGGCAAGUGGUGGCAGAGGUGGAGGAGGAAUGAACAUUAAUGACAUUUUUUCUCAGUUCUUUGGUGGGGGUUCAAUGGAAGAGGAGGAGGAGAGGACUGCGAAGGGCGAUGAUGUAAUUGUUGACUUAGAUGCGACAUUGGAAGAUCUAUACAUGGGAGGUACAAUGAAGGUUUGGAGGGAGAAAAAUGUUAUAAAGCCAGCCACUGGGAAGAGACGCUGCAAUUGCAGAAAUGAGAUCCAUCACCGACAAAUUGGUCCUGGGAUGUUCCAACAGAUGACUGAACAGGUUUGCCAGGAAUGCCAAAAUGUCAAAUACGUAAGGGAGGGAUUCUUCAUCACAGUUGAUAUUGAGAAGGGGAUGCAAGAUGGGCAGGAGGUGGUGUUCUAUGAUGAUGGUGAGCCUAUAAUAGAUGGAGAGCCAGGAGAUUUGAGGUUCCGCAUUCGGACCGCGCCCCACGACACCUUCAGAAGGGAAGGCAAUGACUUGCACACAACUGUCACCAUUACCCUAGUUCAAGCUCUUGUUGGUUUUGAGAAGACUAUCAAACACCUUGAUGAGCAUUUGGUGGAUAUUGGCACAAAGGGAAUUACCAAGCCCAAAGAAGUGAGAAAGUUCAAAGAAGAAGGCAUGCCAAUUCAUUUUAGCAAUAAGAAAGGAGAUCUGUUUGUCACCUUUGAGGUUCUAUUCCCGGCAUCACUAACAGAGGCGCAGAAGGCAAAGAUUAAAGAAGUUAUUGGCUAGAUGGCACCGUAGUGGACGUUGUUUUUCCCUGGGGUACUAAGGCAGGCGUUCCCCCUGUAAAAGAUGAGGUUCCAUACAAAAUCGAUGAAGCCUUCCUGGUUUUCUUUUGUUUCUUUUUUGUUUUUCUAAAAAAAGAAAAACUUUCCCUUGUUUACGUUAACAGAGUAGCUGAGAUAUUUUGCUGUAGUCAUCUCAAGUUUCAAUCGUCCCGUGCCAUGCAGGCCCUUUUUCGCAUUAUUUGUGUCCCAUGUGACCUCUGUAAUAGCUAAAUCUAAUCAAAAGAAGUGAAUUUUACUGA